AUGAUGGGAGGACGGUUCAGCAACACUUCUGGAGACAAGCAGCAAGUGUUUGAGGUAAACCAAGCCAAAGGCCUUGCAGUAGCAAAUGCUGCACUGAGAGCUUGUGCUGAUGGAGGUGCCAAUCGUCUCUAUCACAUCACAGAAGGAAGCCAGGACAGCUUCUUGCCUGAUUACAUCAGUGGUGAUUUUGAUUCCAUUCAGCCUGAAGUCAAGGAGUACUACAAGGUCAAGGGAUGUGAGUUAAUUGAGACCAUGGAUCAGGACCUCACGGAUUUCACCAAGUGCCUUCAGAUACUCCAGAAAAAGAUAGAAAAGAAGGGCCUCCAGAUUGAUGUGAUUGUGACUUUGGGCGGACUUGGAGGACGCUUUGACCAAAUAAUGGCAUCAGUGGAAACACUUUUUCAUGCAACAAAUAUCACUCCUUAUCCAGUGAUAGUUCUCCAGGAGUGCUCACUGAUAUACCUGCUUCAACCUGGCAAGCACAAGCUGCAUGUGGACACGGGACUGGAAGGUGCCUGGUGCGGCCUCAUCCCCAUCGGGAGCUCCUGCGAGAGCGUGACCACGACAGGCCUCAAGUGGAACCUCAGUAACCAGGUGCUGAAAUUUGGAACACUUGUCAGUACUUCCAACACCUAUGACGGCUCUGGGAUUGUGACCAUUGAGACGGACAAGCCUUUGCUGUGGACAAUGGCUAUCGAAAGAUAAGAUCGGCUACAGCUGCCUUUUCUGAUCUGAUUCAACGCAAGUUACUGCAAAAGUUCACUGAAUUAAGACAGUAAAGCUGUUCCAAAAAGAUAUAAGCAGGCGCUGAUUUUAUGUACUGAAUGGAAAACAAGUAUGAAAUAAAAGUCACUUGAG